UGCCUCCCAUGUACUGGCCAUGACUAUUAUGCUGGGUAGGUGCAGCUGUAUUCAUGCACACACACUCCUCUCGCACACAUUCUCACCUACCCUUCCCCGAAGUAGCAGUCCAACCACUGUAGCAGUGUAGAGAGCGUAGCGAGCAUUCCUCCCCGGCCUGCCGUCAUACAGACUGUCUUUGAUCCCCCGGCAUACCGCCCAGCCGUUCUCUGCUCAGGAUUUAGACCAUCCUAGGCGACGACAUGACGCUACUUUUCAACUGGCCAAGGCGGACACCUUACCUGAACCAGCUCGACCGGGCUCAGAGGGACUCUCGGCUUCGCCUAUCGUGUGACGGGCGCUGCCAGGCCCAACGACCAACCUACGCCCCCACCAUCAUGCGCUCCUUCACUGCUCCGGCCGCCAUCGUGGCUCCCAGCGCGCUGGGACUGUGCACUGACCGGCCCGUGGCCGGGGGACUGUGCCCCGUCUGCCGGUCCGGCAUCGUCAACGGAAACCGUACUUCCGGACUCUUGUGUUGCAAGAUAAACCACAGCCCGGCCUGCCCUGCGUGCGGUGUGGUGUUCGACGACGCCGACGAUGAGAGAGAACAACCUGGCUCUACGGCAAAUGACGACACCAACCGGCAGCGGCACAACCAGCGUGUCAAAGGUCAACGGGCAAAGGCCCCAAAAGAAGACCACAAGAAGAACAAGCACCAGCAUGACCUGUUACUCAAGCCCCAGACUGUGGAACUUACGAGCACCAAGAAGAAGUUCUCAGGAAAGAAGACUGACAAAUGAAGAAGUAAACGUGGAAUGUGGAUAAAUACAAAACAAGUGCAAGAGACUUGACAAAUACAUCGAGGGGAGAGUCUCACUCUCAUGUGCAAAGUGAUGGCCGACGUGUCAAGUCAUCAUCAGCGAGACAGAGCAGGAUGUUUGUGUUGAGCGAAAAUGAUGGAUUGCAGCCCACAUCAGGGAUAUGAGAGCCGCUUCAUCAUUAAGAUACAUGAGACUAGACACAUCGGAGCUUUAUGUGUCACCCACAUCUUGCAAGACAUGCAUCAUGUCUCCGUCACCAUGCCUGGAAUGUGUCACUGCUGCUGGGGGAAAUUUGCUCUAGAGGCAGUCGUUGCCAAGGUAACAAAUAUUCUGGGCAGUUGUAACGAUAUUGGUGAAGCAAUUGGAGGGGCUCAUUGGCAGGGCGUCUUAUGUUCUCGGAACGCCAGAUUCUGUGGAUGCAAUUGCACAGUGCGCAACAAAUGCCAUACCACCUCUUCCUGUAUGUGUCAGCAACGGAUCUCGCCAAAUUAAUCUCAAACAUUUUUCACUCACCUAGAGCCCAUUAAGGCCUAUUCGUUCAGCAGAUUGCUUUUAAAACUUCACGUUUUCCGGAAAACUUGUGUAGUGUGAGAUGAAGUCAUUUUUUUUUUAUAUCAGGUUGAGUUUAAGAAAUUCCUGAAUGCAUUAUUGCGCUGAUGGUUUUGUUUUGAUGUGAGAAAUUGUUUAAAAGAAAUGUGUUGUGAGUAACUUUGGGAGUCAACAAAAACAAAAGAGAACCCCUCCCUCCCCCCAAAAAACAAACAAUUUAGUGAAUUCAAGCUAUUUUAGAAACAGAGUUUAAUCAACUUCUGCGGACUCCAAUAAUCACAGGAGCAGAUCUGCAUGUACACAACAAUGACAACAGAUUCAAUCUUGGCUCAGACACUUUCGAAGUUACUUCCUCAAAGCUGUGUGCAAAGUAGAUUCGAAAAGUGGACAAAGUCCCCAUGUCUCCAAAUGCCAACUUGGUCGAGUAUGAUUGGGUUUUGGCUUAACAGACUGUUAUUUGGUACUAAAUGUUCCCCAAUGAGCCGGCGAGGAAUGACUUUACUAAAGUCCCCCCCAUUGAUAUACAGUUAAUAGAGCUUUUACAUCAUGAAUUAAUGUGAUGAAUGUGACAAGUCAUACUGGAUGAAAAUUGAGGAAAUGGCAAAAAGGAAUCUCUUUUCCUUUGAGGAACGUUAUACCUACUGUCAGGUCUCUACAUAACAACCACCCUCCCGGGCUGCCUGCAGGUAUGAGAGCAGCCAUAUUACUCCUGUGUAUGUACAUGUACAUGUAUCUUGUUCAGCUGUGUGGAUAAGUGGAACUUGAAGCCAACUAGCUGUAUGUGUUCCUAGCUCUACACUACAGUCAAGGCCAACUUAACCGGUUCCAGAAGCACCAUGUGCAAUUCUUUAGCAGGUGCUAAAUUGUAGUCCAUGGCAUGAAAAUAAUACUUUCCAGAUAUGGCCAUCAAACAUCAACCACAUGACUUUCUCUAUUCAAGUUUUUAUGCCAUAAUUAUGGGAAGCCAAAACCAAAAUAAACUCCCCGACUAAGAGGAAUACUAAACCGCCAAUUUAAGGAUGAGAUUGAAGUGUCUGUAAUGUUUGUCUAUAGCCUAGUUUUGAUGUGGGGCGGAUUUAUUUAUUCGACUUAAAAACUUUGUAUCCAUGUACUAAGCAUUUUCAGCUUACUAAACCUUUUUUUAUGGGCAUAUCAUGUAGUCUGUGGAGUUGGUGAGCUUAGCAUCACACUAAGCAGAAAAUACAAACAGCAAAUAUACACACGCUGGUUUCCAGGAAAAAUGUCAUGUUAUGCAUGGGCCUAUUGCCAUUAACUGGUCCCUCUGGAGAUUUCUCUCUUAGCUCAUAAAUUUACUGAGCAACGUUGUGUGCGUCAGCAAUCCUAUUAGAUUAAAGAAACUUCACAAUCACAGAGGAGCAAUUGUCUAAUCAAGUUUGGCAGUUCUUGGCUGAGCAAUUCCAUGAAAUUGGUUGCUGGCAAUAGAUUUAAAAGGGCAAUUAGCCAAGCAGACAAUGAGGACCAUUAUCUGGGUGCCCCACAGCCACUAAUUGCCAAGGCAGAGGCAGAGCCAAGUCCAGCUACCUCCUCACACUUAAGAUCAAAGGUCGUGAAACCAUGUACAACCGUCAAGAGCAGAGAGGGGCAGUCUGGAUUGAGUAAAUUCAUUUCAAACUGAGAUGCUUAAAAAGUGUUCCAGUGCCUGCAGCCUUUCAGAAUUCUCCAAGACUUAUUAACCCUCACUUGGCUACAACUUCCAUAACACUUCAAAGAAUGCAUUUGAUAAAUGAGAUGUUAAACAACAGGGGCUGUGGUAGGCUAAGUAAGAUGUAUAAUUCACACAGAAGAUGGAUGGUCAAAUCUUGCAAGCAAAACAGAGUAGCGAAACAGAGUCAAUCACUUUUUACAUAUUCCCAUAAAAAGAAGCACAGAGCAUGAACUCAGUGCGUUUGACAGCAGUUCAGAGAACUUUGCCCAAUGUAUAAUUGACCUAAAUCAACAAACUUAGGCCAUACUGAAUUGAAAGCAAGGUUUAACUUUUUAUAAUUAUGGAACCCCACGAUAAAUUUUUAAAGGAGUGAAAAGAGUCAGUACAGAUUAAUUUCAUUUAUACUGAUGAAUAAUUUAAUAUGUGAUUUAUUACAUGAAAAUGUUUUAAGCAACAUUAAAAAAAAAUGAGAGUGAGGCAUGAAGCCCAGAAGUCUGGUGCCACCCAUUUGACAGAUUACAUUGCAUUAGAUAGAUUCAGGGAACUUAAUCAAACAUGGCUCCAUUGUGAAAGGUCUAUUGGGUCUUGCUUUGCUGGUUCUGUGUAGCCUGGUAUCAUUAUUAUGUACAGAGGGAACUGUUGCCGUGACAAUAAUUGUGCAAUAUGGCGGUGACCAGCUGGGACUGCAACUGAUAAAAAACAUGAGCAGCAAUGCUGUGCUAUUUGUUCGGCAGGCUUGAUAAAUACAUGUACAUGUAUUAAAAUAACUGUUUGCGCUUGAGGCUAACAUUUUGCCCCACAAUUGUGGAUUCUCUCAAGAAGUUUUUCUAAAGUAACAAUUGUACCUGUAUUUUGAAAUGUGGUGAUGUACUCAAUUAAGAUCUCAUCUUUGAUUUGAAAAUUCUUAUAUCUCACUUAUUCAAACUACCUACCUGCCUUGACUGUGUGCAUUGUGAGUGCAGUUCUAGAAAUAUAUUAACGGCCGACAGCAUAUAAGAAAAGCACAAAAAAUACAGAGAAAUUACAGCUCUCAGACAUCUGACAGACGGAUAGACGGACGGAUAGACGAGACUGACUGGCAAAAAAUAAAGAUUACCUGGCAUAAAGAAGGUGGCCUGACUUUAUUACUAAGAUCAGGCUGUACACAAAAGGAGCAGGCCUUGUCAUGAGAAAAUGACAGUUAAGAGAUCUUUUACGAAGGUCUGACAGUUUGGGGUCCGUGCUUUCAAUGAUGUAUUCCACAACAUGAUCUCUAUAGCACUGAGUAAGGGUCACGCUUACGUCAUAUACGUUUUAUGAGAAAUGGGGCUUAGUAAUAACGUAGCCGUCUUUCGCGACGAACGUAAGGGUGGCUUCUCUCAUUGGCAUAGUCACCUUUAAAAUUACUCUCCUAAAAAGGAGUUUGAACGUUGCAGACCUGAUGUUAUAUCUCAGCUGAAUCUCUCUUUGCCCUUGAAGAUGAUUUUGCUAAGAUGGAAAAAGUGGAUCCCCUUAUUUUGAGGUCAGAAAUGUUGCAUUUUCUGUUUUUUAAAAUGUUGCAUAAAGGUGAAAGGAUUUUUUUUAAAAAGAAAAAUAUAAACAAAAUAAAAAACACAGUUCUGCAGUUGACAACUUAUGAGUGAUGAGUGUCACGUUUUUCUGAAUCCUGCAAAUGGUCCACUUCUUAAAUUGCAAGACGAAAUUAGGGGACUUAAGUCUUUUUCAUGGCUUGUAAAAAACAUUUUCAUCUCUGCACAGGCACACAAAGCUCGUUAAGAAGACUUCAUAUGUCAAGUGUUUUGCAGAACCUUGUUUGAAUGGCAAUUAACCUUAUAGGAAGUCAUCUGAUAAUGCCACUGGGACUUGUCUCACAAGGUAUUGGAGGGGGGGAGAUGGGUGUUAUCGCGAUCAAAAUACAAAUGCUAGCUAGCUGCUGUAUCAGAUUCAAUUUUGAAUUGGGGAAAACUGAACUACAUAGAUGUAGGUCAGGGAAACUGAACACUGUUAAAACAAUACAGCAUGAGACGUGAGAUACAUGUAUAUAUUUUUUCCUCCUUGCUUCUUGCAAUUUUUUUAUUGGCAAGUUUUUGGUCAUGAUGUUUUGACAACAAAAUUCCCCAAAUUACAUGUAUAUCCUACUGUGCACUGUUAAAGAUGAACUGACAAUUUCCAUAUUUGACAAAUACAAUAACCAUCAUUGGGUACAACAACUGUAAAAUGCAUCUUUCAAAUAAUAAACAUACAAAGGCAUGGCCAUUUUCAUCAGUGAACUGUACACAUGCAACCUGGCAUUACAAUCAUUGAGCAUUUCAUUUAACAAUAGAAAUUCAUAUUAACUGAUAUACUCUGACCUGCAGUAAGCUGCAUAUGUAUGGCUCCAUUACAGAAUUUAGUGGACAGGAGUUGAGUACACAUUAAUUAAUCCAUCUGUAAUUAAUCUUACCUUUCAAGUCUGCUCUCGCCACAAAGCCACUGUAUUACCUCCUCUGGCUUUGUAGAGAAAUACAUUAUUUGUAUCAGCCACUGAUUUUUGCCAAAUGGCAAAAUCCCUGGCUGACAUUUUAGGGCUCACUUUAGGAUUAAUGAUCAUCGUAAGUGACUACUGCAAAUGGUCUGUGAAAGCCACUACACAUGCACUUUACCCCAUCAUUCUGCUGUGUCCACUGGCCUGGAUUUUAAAUGGUUUGAGGAUUCAGAGUUAAAAUCCUUGUAAGCUUGGCGACAUCCACUCUGUGCAAACAAAGACCCUGUCUUUGACUUCACUCAAAUACAGAAGGCUGAAAAUAAAUGUCACUGUCAUAAAAUGACUGUGACAGCAUGGCUAAAGCCACCAAUGGAGUCAUCACUUAAGCCAACGUUUCAGAAAUUGUCAAUAUCAAGGUUUCUGGCUUACUCACUGUAACCUUUUGAAGCCCUCCUCAAAAAAAAGUAGAUGUACUGAGCCAGCCAUUCAGAAUAACAGUCAACAGGCAGUUAAGCCGUUUUUAAUUAAUUGGAUGCGGCGUAACUAACAUGCGAGUCUAUGAGAAGUGGUUGUUGCGACUUCUUGGCGGCUUCCAUAAGAAUACUUGUUAUUCCCAGCCAAAGCCGUCGUAAUUCAGACAGGGCCUCAUGCUGUACCAUCAAUCUGCACAGUGUGUCAGGCAUUCAUAGUUAAUGAUGUGCACACUGCAGCUUGGCCCAAGUUGGUCUAUAUGUGAAGUGGGGGCGGGAGAACACAGACAAGCUUGUGCUCUUCAGAUCUCAUCAUGCAUCUCAAGACUCACAUCUUGUGAAAAUUGAAGUUAAGGCGGUAAUAUACAUGGGGGUUGUAGUGCUUCAGAAAAAUCUCUGAUAUGCUAUGCCAUACAGAGCACUAACCACUAGCGGUGGAAGGGGGGCAGUGGCCCCCCCAUUUUUUCAACGGGGGGAGGGAAUUCCCCCCUCCAGUUUUUGCAGGGCCCAUAUUAAAAUGAGGUGGGGCUUAAUGGAUCGACCUAUUUAUGGCUGAUGCCUGAUGGUCUAAAAACUGCCCCCCCCCCUUUGAAAAUUGUUCAGCCGCUGGCUCUAACCAGGGAAAACACAUGUAGAUUGGAAAUGUUUUAUGAACAGGAGAUUGUCUGUUUUAUUUUUGUAUGCAUAAUUUAUUACAAAAGUAAAUGAUGCUAUUGAAACGUAAAGAGUGUAAGAUUUGUUAUUCGUAAUUUGGCAAUGAGUGUGGUACUUAAGAACUUCCUUGCAAAGUAUUUUCAAUUUGUAGGGGAAGAUGUAGAAAAAUAUUUAUCUACAACUUGUUGAAAAUCCUAGUAAAGCCGUAAUACAGGACUAUGCAUCUCUUCAUCGACUUCAAAUGUUUUGUUUUCUCAAACUCUGUUUAAGCUCGUUUGUGGUGAGACACUGAAAGGUCUCAACAAGUAAUCUUUGCAUUAAAUAAUUAAAUAUAAUUUAUAGAGAAGGCAGGCCUUCUGUUUCACAUUGGAAGUUUUAUUUUAAAUUUUGAGCAAAAAUGUAGGAGAAAAACCCUGUACAAAUGUAAAUAUAUUCAAAUACUGUGAAGAUGACAGACCAAAGCAUUUGGUCCAUUAAUUGGAUAUAGGCCUAAAUAAGCAAAUUCAAGUGCUUGAUAUUAACCAAAUUAAAUUAACAUAGCUUGGUUUUUGAGACUGUCCAUUCCCAAAAUGUGUUAUCAUCAUACCUUUAAAGCUUUGCACAAUAAGUCAUCAAAUGUUAUAUUGAUUUUGAUGUAUGGAAUGGUUGAAAAACUAGUCAGUCGUGAAUAAAAAUAAGAAUAUCAGAGAUUUCUAUUCUCACAGCAAGCCCGGACAGAAGCCAGUGAUCCAUGAAGCAAUUCUCCCCAUGUCAGAAUUAAAUUUGGAUGGGGGGGGGAAUUCUUUCAAAAGGUACAUGUACGUGCAAGUCCCAGCAAAGGGCCUGAAUGGGUUAACUUUACAAGAAAUGACAGCUAAGCGAGGGGGGAGGGGUAGAUAAGCAAUUUGGGACAAACAAGGGCCCAUGUUUAAUGAUUUGACUUCGGUCCCAGUUGGCUUGUGUAACUCCAGGGCAUGAUUUUCUAACGAUAACAACUUCAUGUACACACAUGCUUGUAAAUAGUCAACUGCCCUGAAAAGUUACAUGAAGGAAAAAGAUAAAUACGGUCACAUGUUGAUAGUUUUGGUAUUUUUAAUUUGGAGGUGUUCUUGACUGUUGUGGUGUUCAUGUGCAAUUUUUACUAAACCUUUUUGUUACAAUUAAUUUAUGAAAUAUUGUGGUUUGGUGUGCAGUAAUAUAUGUAAUGUAUUCAAUUAUAGUCAAAAUGUGGCGGUACAUUAUUUUGAAUUCUGGAACAAAAUUAACUUCUGUGACUGUUAAAAGUGCUGUAAAGUAUGAUAUUGGUGUUAGCUAUAACUUUGAAGGAUUGAAAUUUUUGUGGAAAAUCAGUGUCACAGAUUUCUGAAUUCUUUUUUGUUGAUUUGCAUAAAAUGGCUGAUCCUAAGGGCAAUUGAA